AAUACCAUGGGAGCAACCCAUGGUUUCUCUCCGGUAGAAGAAAAAAACCCCAUGGUUUCGUCUCUCUCCCUGUGAAACCUGACUAUUUAUUCGUACUUUUUCUUACCCUUUUUUGGCCUUCUCUCUUUCCUUAAUUUUCUCGCAUUCUAAACAGGCCAUUCUGGUUUCUUGGCUAACCUAAAUUGUAUUUUUGGUGGUUUAGGUUGGUUCUGGAUCUCUGAAUUUAUUACUGGAAUUUAUCUGAUAUUAUUAUUUGAGGAAGGUUUCUAGGGUUCUCUGUCCAUUGCUGUUGAUGGGUAUGACUCGUAGAUUCGCACUUCUUUUGUGGGUUCGUUUGUUUUGAUCGUUUUGAUGCUCCUUCAUCAUUUCUCUGUCCAGAAGAACUGAAGCAUCAAACUUCCUCCCACCCAACUCUUUCUCUCACGACACACUCUGUUACACACAUGGCCGCCAUGUUUUCACGAAUGCUCAGCUCCAAGCUUCCAAAAUCAUCCCAUUUAUUCCCAUCAUCCACCACCUCUUUCAUCGUCUCCUCUAAUCCUCAAAACUCCUAUUUCAAACCCUUCUCGUGCCUCUACGCUCAAUACUUCAAUUCUGCAUCAUCACAAUCCCCACCAAAAACACUCUCAAACCCAAAUUUCAAUUUCUUCAUUGCGCCUUCCACAAAGUCCUCCAAAUCUCGUGAUCCAUCACACCCAAAACCCCAAAGUUUCCAUCUUGGUUCCGCUGGAUCAUACCCAAGUUCGGUUAUGAGUUCACAAAACUCUCGCCUUUAUUUGUUGCCAAAUGAAAAACUCACAGAUAGUUUACCCCUAGUUAACCCUUUGGUUGGUGCAAAACCCAUUGGUUCCAAUCUUAGUUUGAUACGGCCAUGUUCAAGUUCUUGUACCAAGUUCAACAGUUUUGACCUUUAUUGGUUUUCUAGAGGAAAACCCAGAUUUUAUUCUACCUCUGAUUCAUCCUCAGAAUCUGAGAAACCCCAAAAUCCUAGUAACUACCCAAGUCAAAACCCCGAUUUCAAGCACCAAGAAAUUGAGGGACCAACGGUAGACCGUGACCUCUCGGCUUUGGCCAAUGAGACCCGGGAAGUUCUUGAAAGGAUGAUGAAGACCAUCUAUGGUUUAAGUAAAGCUGUGGCCAUUCUGGGUCUGGUUCAGCUUGGCCUUGGAGCUUGGAUUGCUUACAUUACCAAGUCCUCACCUUUUUCUGAGGUUUCAAUUCAAAGCGCUGUGGCAUUUGGGUUUCCAUUUGCAUUGGCCUUCAUGUUAAGGCAAUCCUUGAAGCCAAUGUACUUCUUUAAGAAGAUGGAGGAGCAAGGUAGGUUGCAGAUUUUGACCCUGACUCUCCAGGUUGCUAAGAAUUUGAAUAUCUUCUUCGUUCGAGUUCGCGGGGUUACUUUCAUGUGUAUUGCCGGCUUGUCAAUUGGAUUUUUGUUCACUCUGCUAUCAAGAUGACUUAGCUUUGUUCUAAAGAUUCAUUAAAUAAUGAUAUAGAUUUAAGUGGGAUUUUUGUUUUCACGUUUGAUUUUCCUAGGAGGUUAUAUGCUUUUGUUUCAUUCUGUACCAAUUUUGCUUAUAAGCAAUCAGUAUUUUCUUAUUUCAAGAAUUAGUCCAAUGGCCACUUUAAAUUUGAUUGCUAUCAAAAUGUUAUCUAUGUAUUUAUAUAAAGCUCACAUGUUAAAGUUGAGCCAAUGAGCUAUGGCUUUCUUUCCACCAUAAGAAAGGGCUGGAGGGUGAGGUUGAGAUUUUAAGAACCAUCAGGUGCCUGAUUUAGUAUGGCAAAGUUUACUUGGGAAGAGGUAACCUAAUAGCAGUUGGUAGAAGAGUAUCUUCUUACCCAUUACUUCAGGAGUCAUUGCCUUGACGACAAAUAUAUUUCAGUGUUAACAUGGUUAUGACUGCUAGCUAUUGUGCCAUGUAUCAAUUAUUCAUUUGAUUUUCUUUGAGUAAUCAGAUUUUACUGCUAGAAAAUAGGUCAUUGGUUGUAGUAGCGAGGCAGUUAUGGCUGUGUACUUGAAGUUGCAGAGACUUGAGGGAAGAUUUCAUUCAAAUGGGAAAGAAAAAUGCACAUACCAGUUCUUCCUAGGAUGCAUUUGAGCAGUUGAUUGGGUUAUCUAAGAGGCAUGUUUGAAAACACUUAUUGUGUAAUAAUGUAGUAUUGGAAUUUCUUAAUUCAUAGUUUUUCAUGGAUUUGAAUACCAAUAUAUUUCCUAGAUGUUCUUGAUG